UCUGCAUCACAAGAGUUAUACACAGUUAUUCACACUCACUUGCUGAGAUGGAGAGAUCAAGAGUUACUGUGCUUUCAUAUGUACUGUUACUGUUCAGUCAGACAAUAAUCUAUGGAGAAGAAAUCGAGAUAAAGGUCAGACCAGGAGACAACAUAACUCUCUACUGUGACCGCCCUUUAACUAAUGGUUACAUCGUAUGGAUAAGAAACUGCUCUCAGGAAGAUCAUCCCUCUCUCAUAAUAGAUCACAACUUAAUGUACAAAACAACUUUCCCACAUUUAAGCUUUCUUCAAAACUCCAACAAUAAUUCUUUAGACCUUCAUAUAAGUAACAUUACAGUCUCUGAUCUGGGACUCUACUACUGUGCUGAAUUCAAGAGAGUAUCAGGAGUGCAAUAUCGUGGAAACCGAACAACACGUCUCUCUCUCGAUGUAACUUCAUGUUCUGGAGCCUUUAGCAGCACCGUCUCUCCUCCUCCUCCUGUAUCAGACUGUUUCCACCACUGGGUGCUGUUGGUCAGUGUUUGUGUUGUGUGUUUUCUCCUCUGCUUCAUCUGUGUCUACUGCCUCUGUCAGAAGAAAACUACAGGUUAUGAGAGUGCAAAGAUGUUCACAGUAAAUGUUAUAAAGAUGGAUCCGACAGAGAAACAUCAAUGUGAGAUGAGUAAGACUGGAAGGUUCUGCCAUCAUUCUGAAGUUACUUACAGACUCCUGCCAUCUGAACAUCACUAUGAAAAGAUGUGAAUCUCUCUGAUCAGUUUAUGUAAACUCAGAUUUCACCAAUAGAAACUGUUUACUGCACACUUUGUACUCAGCUAUCUCAGACCUUUCCCAGUUAUGUGAACCACAUUUAGGUACA